GGGGGUGACUGUGUCAGUCCCCCUGUGCCCCCGCCCCCUGAGCGGGGCAAUGCCGGUUACCCACAGGCGGCCCCUUGGUUGGGGCUGCACGGCUCCGGAAGUGGCCCGUCACCCUGGCCUCUCAGCCCCAGUCUGGCCGCGGCCUGUGCAGCGUGUCUGCUCUCACGCGGAGCUGUUCCUCUGUCGUUGUAAUGCGGUGAGCCAGCCUCCCCGAUCUCUAGGGUUCUCCCCACACCGUUGCACAGCUGGCACUCGCUGCUGCGAAGGCAUUGCUUGAGCUGGGGGAAAGGUAGCUCUAGAGCUGGAUAAUCAAGUUUUACCAUAAAUGGUGAGUCUAGAGUAACCCUUCUACUGCUGUGAGCAAAGUCAUUGUUUAGGAUGUAGCAGCAUGUGAAGAAAUAUGAAGUGGCUUUGUGUCAUAUGGACAAAAAAAAUUGGAUGUCAUCUCUGGGCACUUUCAACAAUGAUUCCCAAAAAAGUAAAAAUAUUUCCUUAUCCCUAUAUAAUUGAGCAUAGAAUGUUGUCAAGUUACAAAUCUAAAAAUAACAUCAAAGACUCUUACAGACUUCUUAAACUUCAGGAGGGGUGUUCCCUAGAUGAUGUAAGAAAUUCAUUUAGAAAUCUUGCCAAACAGUAUCAUCCAGACAGUGGUUCCAUCACAGCUGAUUCCGCAAUGUUUAUGCAGAUAGAAGCAGCAUACCGAACUGUGCUUUCUGAUGUGGCCAAGAAAAUGAAAUCAAGUGAAAAUGAAGAUGAAGAGGAAACCAAAUUCAAAUCCAAAGCACCGCAGCACAGGCAGUAUUUAAGUUUUGAAGGUGUUGGUUUUGGGACUCCAAGUCAAAGAGAGAGACAGUACAAGCAGUUUAGAGUAGACCGUGCAGCUGAGCAGGUGAUGGAAUAUCGAAAGCAGAAACUUGAGAGCCAGUAUGCUAUGGACGCUAUGAUAGCCAAAGAUAUAAGGCAGAGUAAGAAGAUAAAAAUAACCCAAGCAAUUGACCGUUUGGUUGAGGACCUCAUCCAGGAAUCAAUGGCUAAAGGAGACUUUGAUAACCUCAGCGGUAAAGGAAAACCAUUGCAGAAAUUUUCAUACUGUCCACAUAUUGAUCCUAUGACUCACAACCUGAACAGAAUUCUAAUAGAUAAUGGAUACCAACCAGAAUGGAUUCUGAUGCAGAAAGAAAUACGAGAAACUAUUGAGGAACUAAGAAGGAACAUAGUAGCAUCUAGGAAUAAACUUGGAGAGCCAAUGACACCAUGUAGACAGAAACAAUGGAGUCAGAUUUGUGAACAAUUAAUAGAAGAUAUCAAGAAACUAAACAAAAGAAUUAAUGACUUUAAUUUAAUUGUUCCCAUUCUGAACAGACAAAUGGUUCAUUUUAAUGCAGACAAAGAAAUUGCACGAGCACAGGCAGCUUAUGAGAUCCUGAUGGAAAAAACAAAGACUACUGAUGUGGAUACAAAGGAAAAUGAACAGGAAAAAGUUAAAAUAUUUAGGCUUAAAUCCAGCUUUUUGAAGUGGAUAAAUCUUAUGCUGAAAUAAAAUAAAAUGGAUAUACCAGAUUUGACUAAAUAUUCAUAAUACAUUUCGUCGUUUGAGAGAGAAUUUUUCAGGUUUACUGAAAAUAUAAAACCUUCCUGUUUUAAUGUUUAGAAGGAAUCUAGCUGCUUGACCUGGCUGUCCAAGUGGUCAAUAAGAAAGCUGCUUAAGAAUAAAUAAUUUUUCUCAGCCA